GAGAGUGUAUCGUUUGUUGGUAUGGAAGAAGAGAAGAAAGUGAGGAUCUACGUGGGGGGCUUGGGGGAAUCGGUGACGGCGGAGGAGCUACGUCGACUCUUUCAGUUGACGGGCGGAGUGGUUGAGUCCGUCGACUUCGUCCGCACCAAGGGUCGCUCCUUAGCCUAUGUCGACUUCCUUCCUUCCACUCCCAAGUCCCUUUCUAACCUCUUUGCCAAGUACAAUGGCUGCGCUUGGAAAGGAGGCAAGCUCAGGCUCGAGAAGGCCAAGGAACAUUAUCUCGUUCGCCUGACUCGGGAGUGGUCUCAGGAAAAACAACAACAAGAAGAAGAAGCUCAAGCCCAAGCCCAAGCCCAAGCUCAACCUCCUCCUCCUCCUCCUUCCCACAUCCACCGGAAACAACUUGAUCCUGAUAACACCAACCUCAUUCGCAUCUAUUUCCCCAGAUUAUACAAGGUGAAAUCUCUGCCUUUCAGCGGAAGUGGUAAGCACAAAUAUAGUUUCCAGCGAGUUGAUGUUCCUUCUCUUCCAAAGUACUUCUGUGAUUGCGAAGAGCACUCUUUGUCUGUACCUGAAAAUGAGAAAGACAAACAAGUUGCUCAUGUAGAGUCAGAGAGUGGUGGGAUCAAUGAACAAGAGCUUGACAUAAUGAAUAAAGUGAUGAAUAGCCUCUUUCAAAGCCAAAGCCAAAACCAUGAUCAAGAUGAAGAUGAAGAUGAAGAUAAUCUCAUAAUCAAUGUUGUCACCAAAGACCAAGCAGUCCCUUCAUUAGGGACGCCACAACUUCGUCAAGAACCAAGACCGAAAAGGGGACCUCUUCUGGACGUGUCUACAGUCAAGAAAGGGAAUGAUAAGGAGCCACCAUUCAAAAAGAAAAAAUCACUUGUGAAUGACAAAACCAGUGGAAAAGAAUUUGAGUCUCCUGUCUUGGAAAAUAAGGAAGGUGCGCUUGGCGGUUCAAAUAAGUCAGCUAAACACAAGUCAAGUGCUUCCUGGACUCAGAAAUCUUCAUGGAAAGAACUUCUUGGUGAUAGCAAGAGAAGUUCAUUCAGCAUUUCAGAAAGUUUGUUCAGUACUACUUCGGCUGAGAAAGUCCAGCCAAGUUCAGAUACUUCUCCUGAUAUCCCAGACUCUGAUAACAAAAACAACAACAUGGAAACAGAUGGGGAAUUGGAAAACACAUCGUGCAUCAUGAAAACAGACAAACUAAUAGCAGAAGAAGAAGCUCAGCCUGAUGACAAAGAGGACAACCUGGAAAGAAAUGGAGAAUUGGAAAACACACCCUGCAGAAUGAGAAUAGAGGAGCUAGUAGUACAAGAAGCUCAACCUGCUGACAAAAAAGACAACUUGGAAAGAGAUGGAGAAUUGGAAAGCACACCCUGCAGGAUGGAAACCGAGGAUCUAGUAGGACAAGAAGCUCAACCUGCUGACGAAAAGGUUGUUUCAAAUCAGAUAGGGAGAGGCGCUUUUUGGCGGCAUAAAUCCUCGUGGACACAAUUGAUUGGAGAGAGUAGUUCAUUUAGCAUUUCACAAGUAAUUCCAGGUGUCACUGCCAAUCAACAAAUCACCACAAAGCCCAAAAAUCCGUUUGUUGCCAACUUUGCCAAUGCCAAGAAUAAUGACAUAGUACACCCUACUAGAGAAGUCGGUCCUAAUGUUUCUGAAGUGGGGAAGGAAAGGGAUGGAUCAAGGAGUACUCAGGAGGAGAAGCAACAAACGGUGUUGGGCAAUAACGAGUCAUCUAUGCUGAUGUUAGAAGAAAAAGGUGAUGUAGCAGCAAAACAAACUUCUCCAAUGAAAGUUGAGAUAAGUAGCACUUGCUCAUUUAUGAGAAGUGCUACAUCAUUGAAAGAAUGGGCAAAAACGAAGGCUGCUCUCAGUGGCUCACUGAAAAAACAAGGCACCCCAAAGUAGAUUCUUUUCUGUUUCGUUAAGGUAUUUUCAAGUAAUAGCGUGCUUUUAGGUUGAUCUGGCACCAUUGAGGUUUCUUUCAUGCUAUUCUUGGUAGAAGGAUAAAGUGAAGAGAUGAGAAAAUAGGAAGGAGCUAGAGAUAUGUGAUAUCAUCAAUUGGUAUCAAGUACAGGACAGAGCAGAACGGGAAAGGAAAGGAGGAGAAACAUAUAUUAGAAUGUGAUGAAGAAAAUCCCCUUUACUCAAAUCAGCUUAUCGCCACAAUGGGAUCUCUGCUUACUUUAUGGCCCUUGUUUUUACUUGACAAUAUGUUAAAUUUAGUUGGCUGUUCUAUCAAGCUCUUUAGCUAUGCAUUGUUGUGCUUGAUUGCAAUAAGCGAAGAUGUAUAACAUUGUGUCUCACAAAUGUUGUGAUGGUUUAUGGGGUAAGUUAUCUGGUGUGACAGCCAGGAAUAUAGAAUGUUUUAUGAACAUUUACAUUGUUAGUUGUUUUGAAGUUAUUGGUUAUGUAUGGUAUUGGUUGGCUAAGCCUUUUCAAACUUCA